AUGAUGAAUGAAGGUGAAGAGGAAUUAAUACAUGAUGGUUAUAAUCAUGAUUUAGGAUUCACCCAUUUAAACCACCCUUUUCCUGGAUCGAAUAAUUAUAAUGAAAAUUCUCCCGUACCAACAAAUACUACAGUUGUCAUACAAGCCACGAUUGAGAUUCCUCAAUCAAAUACUACAAUUAAAGAUGAUAAACCAACUUAUCCAAAAUCACAUUCCUUAUGUUCUAAAUUAAAAAAAAGGAAAGGAAUUUGUAUAAGACAAAAUCAAGAAAACUUGGAUGAUAAUAUUGACAAUAUUGAUAAUACUGAUAUCGGUGAUAUUGAUAAUAUUGAUGAUGGAAUAAAUGAUACAGGAAUUAAUAAGAAAAAUUCAUCAAUUAUAAUUGAUCUGGUCGCGACAGUUAACACGACCAUACCACCUUCAGAAAAAACUGAUCCUCCAAAACAAAAACUCAAAGGACUUUGCGGACCUGGACUUUGGAUGUAA